UCUCUUCUUUUUGAACCCCCCUUAACUAUUGCCGUUCCAACUUCCCCGACCUUGCUAUGUUUACUGAAACCUCUAUCCACUCCUCUAUCAACUACUCAACAAAAGAGAAUGUCCUCAUCAUCUCCCUCAUACUCGAGGACAAAGAGUGCCUUUACUGGCCACAUCACCUCAAUGUGACUGUUAAGCUAUUUAGGCCUUCAAUGGAGUUUGGUUAUGUAGUUCAGAAGCUUGAGCAAGCAUGGAGCUUUGCAAAUGACUUCGAUGUUAUUGACCUUGAUAAGGGCUUUCUCCUUAUUAAGCUAUCCUCAGAAGAAGACUUUUCUACCAUCUUAAAGCAAGGACCAUGGUUUAUUGGUGACCAAUUUCUCUUUAUCUAACAUUGGGUCCUAAAGUUUAGACUUGAAUUGGCAAUGCCCUUAACAACCAUUGUUUGGCUGCACUUACCCCAAUUACUAAUUGAAUUAUUCUAUCAGGAUAUCCUUUAACAAAUUGGGAACACUCUU